CCAAGGGGGGAGGGAACGCUGAGUGCGGGAGCGAGGGUGGAGAGCCGGGCGGGCCGGAGGAGGAGGCGGCGCCCGCCCGCCGGCCGCCGCCUGCGGACCUGCAUCCCGCGGGGCGCACGACCGAGCGGCGGUCCUGCGUGCGCCGGUGCGCGCUGUCGCUCGGCUACGAGCGAACGCGGGGGCCAGGCCGGCGCAGGGGCCGAGUUUCUGCAAAGUUUGACCUGGUUGCCUUUCUGAUGCUGCAGCAGAGCGAGGCGGCGCUGGGCGCGCCAGGCGGCUGCGGCGCGGCGGCGGGGCAGAGCGGCGACAGCACGCUUACAAUGAUCAUAAAAUAAGGAGGCGCUCGGGGUGGGGGCAAGAGAGCCCCGAGCCUCAGCCCUCCGCCCCCGGCCAUCCCCACAGCAGCCCAGGAGUCAGGAGGGGCUUGGAGACCCGAGGCACCCACGCCAUCUCAGACCCUAAUAGAGCGGUGGACUACCCAGGGGAGGGGGGCGCCCCGAGAACGUAUGGGCGGAGGGGUCGGGGCGUCCGGAGGGCAGUGACCCAGGCACCCGGAGCGGCCCUAGGGGCAGGUCCUCAGCGGCCGCGGCGAAGCAGGCGGCGGCGGAUACCCAAGCGCAGCCCCGGGGCCCCACGCGGCGGUCGGCGGCGACAGCGACAGUAGCAAAGGAGCGCGCGAGUGGGCGCCGGAGGGGACCUGGAGAGCGCCUAGCCCGGAGCGCGCCUUUUGGAACCGCGCGUGGGUGCCAGCCACGCAGGGCGCCAGGCCUCUGCCGAUUGAACGAGAGCUCACACUGCAAUUGAUUGGGCCCCGCCGGGAGGGCGCGUGUGUCCCAGGGAGCGGGUGCGGAAAGCAGAAGGGCAGGAAGUCGGCGUUCUGCAGCGAGGGUGGCGCGACCGCGCGGGGACCGAGCCUUCCUUAUUUAUGUGCCUGCCAGCGCUCGUCUGCUUCCUCCGAAGACUUCAGGGAGACUGUCCGACCUACCAUCCCCAAGUGUGAGGACGCAGGGCUGAAUGUCAGAACAACAUGCUUAUCCAUUAAACUGCAAACUUUUCUUUUUUUAAACCCAAAGAAUAUCGGUGGCUUUUGCCCACUGUUAGAAGAGGGAGCCCAGGGCUCUUGAGAUGCAGCAGAAUCCGUAUUUAUAAUCAGGUCCGAUAGUGCUAUGCAAGUCCCCUCCACUCAGUAAGUUUUCUAUCCUAUGGAUCUCGCUUUUGAGCUUUGAGAUUAGAUUGUGCGCUCUCCGCUGGGUCCUGCAACCUCCAUCCUUUCAAUGCCCUGUUAUUUUUGGGACUGCUGGCCUUUCCUGGAGAUUAGAGCGGUCCUGUGUGCCAUGGGCUGUAUUCAGAGCAUCGGAGGCAAAGCCAGAGUCUUCCGGGAAGGAAUUACGGUGAUUGACGUGAAAGCCUCCAUCGACCCCAUCCCCACCAGCAUUGAUGAGUCCUCCAGCGUGGUACUACGCUACCGGACACCCCAUUUCCGGGCUUCGGCCCAGGUGGUCAUGCCGCCCAUCCCCAAGAAGGAGACCUGGAUCGUUGGCUGGAUUCAGGCAUGCAGCCAUAUGGAGUUUUACAACCAGUAUGGGGAGCAGGGCAUGUCUAGCUGGGAGCUCCCUGAUCUCCAGGAGGGCAAAAUUGAAGCCAUCAGUGACUCAGAUGGAGUGAACUACCCGUGGUAUGGCAAUACCACCGAGACCUGCACAAUCGUGGGCCCCACCAAGAGAGACUCCAAGUUCAUCAUCAGCAUGAACGAUAACUUUUACCCUAGCGUCACGUGGGCCGUGCCCGUCAGCGAGAGCAACGUGGCCAAACUGACCAACAUCUACCGGGACCAGAGCUUCACUACGUGGCUGGUGGCCACCAACACCUCGACCAAUGACAUGAUCAUCCUCCAGACGCUGCACUGGCGUAUGCAGCUGAGCAUCGAGGUGAAUCCCAACCGGCCCCUGGGCCAGCGCGCCCGACUGCGGGAGCCCAUUGCCCAGGACCAGCCGAAAAUCCUGAGCAAGAAUGAGCCCAUCCCGCCCAGUGCCCUGGUCAAGCCCAAUGCCAAUGACGCUCAGGUCCUCAUGUGGCGGCCCAAGUACGGGCAGCCGCUGGUGGUGAUCCCACCCAAGCACCGGUAACAGCCAGGCCGCUGCGAGGUGAGACUCACGGAACAAUAUUACUACUCAGAAGGAAACCCAGAUGCCCUCUCCGGUCAUUCAGAAAAAUACAACCAUUCUACCUUCUCCAGGGGCGGAUCUCACUGUGCUAAUCCCCGCUGGCCUCCUGGCUCUCCCACCUGCUUCCCCGCAGGACACACAGGUGUUCCCCCACCCCACCUCCCCCCCUCACCUCUGAUCAUCUCUCCUCCCCUCCCAAUCAGUUGUUCAUUGCAGCCAACUCUCUAAAACACUGCUUUUUUCUUAUCUCUCUCUCUCUCUCUCUCUCUCUCUCUCUCUAUGGGAUUCAGGGGCAGGGGAGGAGGCUGACGGUGAGGGGACCCAGCCUGCCCCUCCCGCCUCCCCUCUGUCUGUCUUCUGCCAUGCGGCCUUAUGUAGACUUGCUUUGCCAAACUUUUGCCUUAAGCUGAAUUUAAAGAAGAGGAAAGGAAAGGUCCCGGGUCUCUUCCCUUCAGGGCCUGCCUUCUGCCAGAGUUGGAAAGAAAGGCGGGCCUAGAGGGAGGCCCACCUGAGCCCACUCUUCCUGGAUGUCUGGGUGAGGGGCAAGAGUGGGGGCUCAGGUCUAAAGCCAGCUGUUUUAUUAUAUUGUCUUGGCAGAAUCAAAACCACAGACUCUGCCUGGAGCCCCUACUCUGCCCCGGUAGAACCUCUCCCUAGUACCUGCCAGGGGUGCCAGCUGGGCACAGAUCCUUGACCCCUGCUCUCUCCUCAGUAGCCUUAACUCACCUGGUGGGAUAUUGUGGGAGAAGGAAGGGAUAGAUCCCAAAGUGUUAGGUCAGGGUUAGGAAACUUUCACCUUUACUAACUCUAGAACCCGCCCCUAGGUAUGUGGCUUUUUCUCUUCCGUUUACUUUGGUCCCAAAUGCCUGGCAGGGUGGGCUGGGGUGGGGGCAUUGCCCCCGAAUCCUGAUAAGUCUGAGCUGUUCUAAGGGAAAGAAGGUGUACCCUUCCCUCCUGACCUGCAUUGUCACACUUGAAUCCGGGGUCCCGGUGCCCCAGGCUGCCCAUCCACACCCCAGGCUGCCCAUCCGCUAGCACACUGUAAAGAAGCCAAUGAUGUGGCUUCUGGCUCAUUCUCAGGGGAAGCAGCUCCCAGACUCUCUGGGAGUGGGCUGUAGAUAGGCUCUAAGCACCAGCUGGAGGGUGCUUGGGCCCCCUCCCCUCCCCAUCAUAGGUGCUCCUGGGGUGGGGAGGUCUGGGGAGCAGUUGGCAGACUCCCUGUUUCUUGUCUGAAGAAGGAAGCCCCGGCCCAGGGCUGGAGAGUUCCAUGCUUGGGCAGUGUUGGGUCACUGUGAAACUGGUUUGACACAUCGGCCAGUCUUGGGGUCUACCUUCUGGAGCCCUAGAACUUGGCUUUGAGUGAUGCCAAGGUGUCUAGAAAUGUCUGCUUUGAGCCGCUUGAGGGACAUUCCUUUAAGUGUGCCAACAGCUGCAUCACUGGAUUCCAACCAAUAAUAAGCACAGAAAACCGUCACACAAGAAAAACAAUGGUUUUGCUGCUGCUGAGCCACUGGUAGAGGGGUCUUGGUGACAGCGUGGGAGGGCACAGCUAGAUCCCAGCUCUGUUCCUACACUUGUGACAUAUUUCCUUUAGGGGUGCUUAAUGUCCCAUCAUUCUCAGGCCACUAGAGCUGGAGUCCAGUGAGCACCUCCCCUGGGACCUUCCCUUUGCGUGUAUGGAGGCUGUCGCCUUAGCUGGGAGAGCAUGGGGUCCCUGCCCUGCUUUCAGGACUGAAGAAAGAAGAUGGGCCCUGGUAAGGGUGGAGGCGAGCCCUUGUCCUGAGCUGGGGGGUCACUAAGGGUGUCUUCCUGGACAUGGGGACCCCCAAACCCAUGUUUCUUGAGAUCCCUCCCCGCUGCAUGCCUGGCUUUGCCCAGCUGGCUUCUCUGACUCUCCUUCCUCUCUACCCUCCUGCCUGACCCAAGACAGGGCUAGGGAGACUGCAGAGAGGCUGUGUGGGUCUGGCCGAGAACACCCAGCUUCUCUUGGGCUGGUUUCCUCAUGUUGUUGACAGACCCCAGGCUUUCUGGGGUCCUGAUCCCUCUACCGCUGUCCCUCAUGCCCAUGCCUCCCCAGGCGUGGACACUCACUUUUUCCAGCAAUAAGCACCAACUGUACUUGGUCAUGGAGAUACUGUGAACACAGUCCAUGCGUGCACUUACCAGCAGGCGCGAGACUCUUGAAGACAAUGUCAAAUGAACCUUUUUUUAAAGUUUAAAA